GGGGCUUGUAAAAUAAAAAAACAUGGCGGCGCCCUGUGUGUGCUCAGUGUGCUAAGUUGCGAUUCCAGGCACCAUGAUGCUGAAAUCCACUUCAAUGUCAUCGGAUACAAGAGCAAAUGUUCAAGAUAAUGAUAAUAAAGUGACUCAUCUUGUUUCAAUGAAGACAGGACAGCCAUUGAUCAUACCAGAAAAAGACAGGCUUGGUUUAUGUAGGAGUGUCUCUGAGUUUGAAAAGUUGAAUAGAGUUGGAGAAGGCACCUAUGGAAUAGUGUACAGAGCUAGGGACACUCAAACAGGUGAAAUUGUUGCACUGAAAAAGAUGCGCAUGGAGAAUGAGAAAGAUGGCCUUCCAAUAAGUGGUUUACGUGAAAUUAAUUUGCUGAUCAACUUGAAUCACGACAAUGUGGUUCAACUGAAGGAGGUGGUGGUAGGAAGCCGUUUGGACAGCAUUUUCCUUGUGAUGAUGUACUGUGAACAAGACCUUGCAAGUUUACUGGAUAACAUGCCAGCUCCAUUUACUGAGGCCCAAGUCAAAUGCCUAGCUCUGCAGAUGGUCAAUGGACUUCAUUAUCUUCAUGACAAUUUCAUCAUCCAUAGAGAUCUCAAAGUGUCAAACUUACUUCUUACUGACAAAGGGUGUCUUAAAAUUGCUGAUUUUGGUCUUGCAAGAACGUUUGGUCUUCCAGUGCAGCCGAUGACUCCAAGGGUUGUAACACUAUGGUAUCGAGCACCAGAAGUAUUGCUCGGUUCUGUUACACACACAACGGCCAUUGAUAUGUGGGCUGCAGGAUGUAUCAUUGGUGAGCUGCUGGCAAACCAGCCCCUAAUGCCAGGUACAUCUGAGCUGCAACAAAUUCAAUUCAUUAUUGACUUGUUAGGAACUCCCAAUGACAGUAUAUGGCAGGGUUAUUCCAGCUUGCCAAUGUUAGAGAAAUAUAGUCUUAAGAAGCAGCCAUACAACAACUUGAAGCAUAAGUUUCCUUGGCUCUCCCAGGCUGGUCUACGCAUGCUUAAUUUCCUAUUCAUGUAUGAUCCAGUGAAAAGGGCUACUGCUGAAGAUUGCUUGACCCAUUCAUAUUUUAAAGAACACCCAUUGCCAUGUGAUUCUAAAUUGAUGCCAACAUUUCCACAUCAUAGAAACAAACGGAAAAAAACAAGUGUUCAGCACCAAGAAGGCAAGAGCUCUACAUAUAAAAGAGAGGAUUUUGGCCAAGCGUUUGGACCAGAAUGUGCCAAGAAGCUUAAAAGAUGAGCAUUUCAACAUGCUGUAUUUGGACCGAAAAUUGUACCAGAAUGGCAGACUUGACAGAACAUCAAAAACUUCUAUCAAUCUGAUGUCUACAAACACAGCAGACUUGGAGCUUUGUACCAGUAUACAAUUGUUGCACGCUGUGACGGGGUCCAUGGCAUUUUGUACACUCGAGGGGGAAA